GGACGGCCACCAGCGCCUGCAAUCCGGCCGCGCAGCCCCCUCUAGGGUCACUGCUUCCGAGGCUGCCCUUACCCCCUCCAGCCGGUGAGACAGUCUCAGUCCUCGCCGUAACCCCUGUCGCCGCCAUACUUCCCACUUGCCAACGCCGCCAGGGAAACGAGAUCGAGACGCCGAUUGGCUGCCUCACUCCGCAAUGGGAAUGAUGUGUCUUUUACACUCGGUAAGGCAAAAAGUCCCGGGUAUGGAGCCGCCCGGCAGGAUUUUAACCGGCUAGUGGAAAUCCGGGCGGCGUGAGCGCCCAGCACAGCCCCCUACCCGCUCUUCCAGCCGGGGACCGCUGACUGCCCCGCUCCCGUCAGGCCUUGCAGGGGGGUGGCCGUCCCGGCGUGCAGCGCGCGGCGCACGGAACGCCGUUUCACGUCAUCCUGUCUUCCUCUUCUUGUCGGCCGCCGCCCGCGUCGGAGCUGUUGCCAUCAUGAAGGUCGAGCUGUGCAGUUUCAGCGGGUACAAGAUCUACCCUGGCCAUGGGCGCCGUUAUGCCCGCACCGACGGCAAGGUUUUUCAGUUCUUGAAUGCAAAAUGUGAGUCUGCAUUCCUUUCCAAGAGAAACCCCCGCCAAAUCAACUGGACUGUUCUGUACAGGCGGAAACACAAGAAAGGACAGUCAGAAGAGAUACAAAAGAAGCGCACGCGUCGUGCUGUGAAGUUUCAGAGAGCCAUCACUGGUGCGUCUUUAGCUGAGAUUAUGGCUAAGCGAAAUCAGAAGCCUGAAGUACGAAAGGCACAGAGGGAACAAGCUAUUAGGGCUGCAAAAGAAGCCAAGAAGGCGAAGCAGGCAACCAAGAAAACGGCUGUUUCUGCUGCAAAGGCUCCUACAAAGGCAGCACCUAAGCAGAAGAUUGUGAAACCAGUCAAGGUUUCUGCUCCCCGUGUUGGUGGAAAGCGCUAAUUUGCCAAACUGUUAGUCGUGCUGAAUAAAUAUCUGACUAACGUUCAUAA